UGCAUUCCUUUAAUUGAACAAAUGCGUAUUACUUGUUAAAUAUGUGUCAUAGGUACAUACAUACACGAUAAAGACCCAGACCCUGCCGAUAAGAUCAGUAACUGCGUCUCUUCUCUGGGAUCUCGGCGUCUAAACAGCGCCAGGUUCAAAUCGCUUGUUGAACGAAUGAACCAAGGAAAGAGUGAAUGAACGAAUGAAUGCCCGCGAAGGAGGUGGUGCCGCGCAGCCUUCUGGGAAUCGUAGUCCCCUGCUUCGGGCCUGUCUUUAUGGCGCAGGCGUAUUCACAUGGAGGCCGUGUUGCUGUUCAUGCGCAUGUCCCGGAAUGCGGCUCGGAGAACUGCGCGUGCCCGAAGGGGGGUGGGGCCGACGGGGAGCCGUACGGCGGAGGCGGGGCUUCGGCGGCUUUUGGUGCUCUCGGGUGAGCUCUGCCCGGCUGCGGGGAUGGCGGGGAGGGGGAAGCUCAUCGCAGUGAUCGGAGACGAGGACACGGUGACUGGUUUCCUGCUGGGCGGCAUAGGGGAGCUUAACAAGAACCGCCACCCCAAUUUCCUGGUGGUGGAGAAGGAUACAACAAUCAAUGAAAUCGAAGACACUUUCCGUUCACUUGGAAGCGUUUCGGGCAGCGUUGCAGAAGCCAACCCUAGUCAGCAUGACCCUCCGCUUUGGGAUGAAAUUGAUUCUUGGCAGUUUCUAAACCGGGAUGACAUUGGCAUCAUCCUCAUCAACCAGUACAUCGCAGAGAUGGUGCGGCAUGCCCUGGACGCCCACCAGCAGUCCAUCCCCGCUGUCCUGGAGAUCCCCUCCAAGGAGCACCCAUAUGACGCCGCCAAGGACUCCAUUCUGCGCAGGGCCAGGGGCAUGUUCACUGCUGAAGACCUGCGCUAGGGGACUCCUCACAGCCCUCAGCCCUUCCCUCGUUUCCAGGCCUCUCCGCAGGCUUGCCAUCAGCCUUCUUUACUUUUUGAGCCUCUGAUUUCCAAUUCCCUGCCCAUUCCCACUCCAUUAAGAGGUUAGGUGAGGCAUUUCUAGGUUGCUGGGGCUCUGCUGUUAAAGCUGGUUAAGGAACAGGAAGCCUGACCAUCUCCCUCCACUACCUGUUCCCUGUGCUGUUACACAGUGUCAUUGUUGAUGUUAAAUUAAAGUCAUAUUCUUGCUUCUCUCCAAA